AUGCCACAGAAUUUCAUUUUGGAACUGGAAGUAUUUGAUGUGUGGGGAAUAGAUUUCAUUGGACCAUUCCCAACCUCAUAUGCAAACAAGUACAUCUUGGUAGCAGUGGAUUAUGUGUCCAAAUGGGUAGAGGCCAUUGCAACCCCAACAAAUGACAACAAAGUGGUCAUGAACUUCCUCAGGAAGAAUAUUUUCAGCCGGUUCGGAGUCCCAAGAGCCCUCAUCAGUGAUGGAGGGAGCCAUUUUUGUAACAAACCACUAGAGACUCUUCUCCUACGAUAUGGGGUGAAACACAAGGUAGCCACACCUUACCAUCCCCAAACAAGUGGACAAACGGAGAUAUCCAACAGAGAGCUAAAGAGAAUUCUGGAGAAGACUGUAGAAUUGGAACACAAAGCUCUCUGGGCCAUCAAGAUACUGAACUUUGACAACAUUGCUGCUGGUGCAAAGAGGAUCUUGCAACUGCAAGAGAUGGAGGAAUUCAGGUUACAAGCCUAUGAAAAUACUAAGAUAUAUAAGGAGAAGGCAAAAAGGAGACAUGACUUGCAUCUUGCACCCAGGGAUUUCGAAAAAGGGCAGCAAGUACUCCUCUACAAUUCCAAAUUGAGACUAUUCCCAGGAAAACUCAAAUCGAGGUGGUCAGGGUCUUUCAUUGUCACUAAAGUCUCACCAUAUGGACACAUUGAAAUCGUGGAUGAAAGGUCAGGGAGGACUUUUACAGUGAACGGACAAAGACUCAAGCAUUAUCUGGGCAACAUGGGGAGAACCCCAGAGUAA